AUGCUUGUAGCAACUCAGCUCGACGAUGACGUCUUGGUUGACGAAAAGGACACAUUAAAGAAUGUUACGACUCUUCCUCCAACACCCCCGGCGGACUCGGAUGCACCCUUGCACACCAUAAACGAUAUUCUGUUGCAUCGCAUCCCAUAUCCGCCUGACGCUCCCUUGGUUGGCUACCCACAAAGCCCCCAUGGAGUACGCGAUUAUGCUUUUUACACGGCAAAGGAUCUGGACAAAUUCUCCAAUGGAGCUGCUAGAGCUCUAAGAGACGCCGGGCUUCCGAAGUUCUCGGAUCCUGUCGAGAACCGAGUAGUGGCAAUAAUUGGCCCCUCUAACCUGGACUACGUUGUUUCUUUAUUUGCGCUCUCCCGCCUGGGAUACGCCAUCUUGCUGCUCUCAACUCGGCUCAGCACCGAGGCGUAUACGAAUCUGCUCGCCAAAACUAGGUGCAGCCAUGUUAUUUAUUCAUCUGCGACGGAAAAAGCAGUGGCGCAAAUUCAAGACGCAGUGCCAGAAAUCAACGUCUUCUCUAUCCCAGAGUUUUCAAUCUACUCAGAGUGCACUGAGUCCUCAGAUCUGCAGCAGACUGCGCGGCCCGAGUUGGGUCGGAAAUGGGCUUUCAUUAUCCACUCCUCUGGCUCUACUGGGCUCCCAAAGCCCAUUUUCCAGACACAUGCGGCUUGUAUUGCCAAUUACAGUACGAGCAACUCGUACCGCGCAUUGUUAACGCUUCCACUUUAUCACAAUCACGGAUUGUGUACGUUCUUCCGGUGUUUGUUCAAAGCGAAGCCGAUUGCUAUCUACAACGCCAACUUGCCCAUCACUGGCAAGAAUAUCCUUGAGGUAAUGGACGUGUUUGAGCCGGAGAGCUUUCAUGGCGUGCCCUAUGUCUUGAAGCUCUUGAGCGAGGUUGACGGCGGAGUGGAAGCACUCGCGAAAUGCCAGCAGGUUCUUUUUGGGGGCAGCAGCUGCCCAGACGAUCUUGGGGAUUAUCUGGUAGAUCACGGAGUCAGACUGAUUAGCCAUUAUGGAGCAACCGAGCUUGGUCAAAUGAUGACUUCAGACCGUCCUGUCGGCGACAAACUGUGGAACUACGUUCGGCCUUUGAAGGGCGCCCAACCCUACUUGAAGAUGGAAGAGCUACAGGAUGGCUCCUACGAGUGCAUAGCCCUGGACGGGCUACCAGCUAAAGUCAGCUCAAACUGCGAUGAUCCGCCAAACUCCUUCAGGACCCGUGACACAUUCUUGAAGCAUCCAACAAUCCCGAAUGCCUGGAAAUAUCUAGGCCGCAUCGAUGAUCGAGUGACUUUGGUGAACGGCGAAAAGGUUCUCCCUGUUCCCAUUGAACACCGCAUUCGGCAAAGCAAGUUCGUGAAGGACAACCUUGUCUUCGGCGUGGGGAAGCCGUUACCUGGUUUGUUUGUGGUUCCAAGCACUGAGUGUGAAGGGCUGAGCAAAGAUGAUAUACUCAAUCUCAUCUGGCGGGAUAUCGAGUCAGCCAACCAGAAUGCAGAAGCAUUCAGUCAGAUUUCCCGCGAUAUGGUGAUUAUUCUCGAUGUUGGAUGCUCAUACCCUGCUACUGAUAAAGGGACCAUGAUCCGCAAUCGAACCUACCUGGAAUUUAGCGACCUCAUUGAGGCUGCAUACCAGAACCUCGAAAAUGGCACAUCUAAACCCGAGCAAGUGCUGGCAUUGAGUCUUGCAGAACUUGAGGACCACCUUCUCAACCUCUUCCGAAGAGAGCUUGGUUAUCUGGAACUGGACCUGACUUCGGACUUCUAUGAGGCAGGUGUCGAUAGCCUUCAAGCGAUCAAAGCAAGAGGUCUCAUUAAGAAAAAUAUUGACAUUGGGUCCGCGCAAUUGGGGCAUAAUGUGGUUUUCGACUAUCCGAACAUCAAGAAGCUUGCAGCUCACCUGCAUUCCCUUCGGACAGGCGAACAGCAGAAUGAGGAGGAUGAGUUGGCUGUUAUGUCCGAGUUGAUUGAAAGAUAUUCAACUUUCCGGGCACGAGAAACCACAGAGGAGGUCAUUCUCUUGACUGGAACCACCGGCUCUUUGGGGGCACAUAUCCUGUCUCGUUUGAUGCAGAAGGAAAGUGUAAGGAAGGUUUAUUGUCUCGUACGAGCGAUCGAUCCCAGCAAUGCGCUGGACCGAGUCCUAUCAAACCUGGCCUCAAGAUCAUUACCGAUGAUCAAUGUCUCCAAAAUUGUGGCAUUGCCAGGUCAGCUAGGCUCUGAGGACCUUGGACUACCUCCCUCGAUCAUCAGCGAGCUUCGUACAACCCUAACCAAAGUCAUUCAUUCUGCGUGGGCUGUAAACUUCACGCUUGGCGUCAAGAGUUUCGAAGCUCAACACAUCAAAGGCGUGUACAACCUGAUCAAUCUAUGUCUCUCGAGUGAACGAACAUCGCCAGCACAGUUCUAUUUUUGCUCCUCUAUCUCCGUUGCCGCUGGAACUCCACUGCCUGCCAAAAUCGCCGAAGCUCCAAUCCCCGAGUUGGCACACGCUCAGAACAUGGGCUAUGCAAGGUCCAAACUCGUGGCGGAGCGAAUCGUUCAAGCGGCCGCAGAGAAGACUGGCAUGGUCGCCAAAGUUCUCAGAGUCGGACAAAUAGUCGGCGAUACUGUGCACGGCAAAUGGAACACAACCGAAGCGAUUCCUCUCAUGCUGCAAACAGCACGUACGCUAAAGGCGCUACCAGCACUCGAUGAAACCCCCUCAUGGUUGCCGGUUGAUAUCGUCGCAGAUGCAGUUCUAGACUUGGCUGAACUGAACGAGAUCUGUGGCGCCGGCUCCGUCGCAGUAAAAGGAUUCGCCUACGAUCCUCAAACAGUUUAUCAUGUGCAAAACCCAAGGACAUUCAGGUGGACUGAAGAUCUAUUACCGGCUUUGGAGAUAGCCGGGCUGGAUUUUGAGGUUCUCCCAAGGCGUGAAUGGGUCCAACGACUACGUGACGGCGAGCAGGAUCCGAAGAAAAACCCCGCUGUGAAGCUGCUGGAUUUCUUUACAGAGAAGUACGAUAACGACAACAUAGGUCGCGCGGGACUUGUAUUCGAGAUGCAAAAAUCUGAGGCUGCGAGUCAAGCCUUAAAUGGUGGUGUUGAAAUCAUUGGGAGUGGAUUGAUCAAGAAGUUCGUCGACGCCUGGCGGAGUGAAUGGUGA